GGCACAUCCGAUCGUCCGAUCUGAAGUUUGCCUCGAGGAAGAAGUUUGCCUCGAGGAAGAAGUUUGCCUCGAGGAAGAAGUUUGCCUCGAGGAAGAAGUUUGCCUCGAGGAAGAAGUUUGCCUCGAGGAAGAAGUUUGCCUCGAGGAAGAAGUUUGCCUCGAGGAAGAAGUUUGCCUCGAGGAAGAAGUUUGCCUUGAGGAAGAAGUUUGCCUCGAGGAAGAAGUUUGCCUCGAGGAAGAAGUUUGCCUCGAGGAAGAAGUUUGCCUGGAGGAAGAAGUUUGCCUCGAGGAAGAAGUUUGCCUGGAGGAAGAAGUUUGCCUCGAGGAAGAAGUUUGCCUGGAGGAAGGAAGCGGGCGCGUACAUCCACUUCCGAUGAACAUUCUUUUAUGUGGAGUGAAGGGAGUGAUUUCGUGCCACUUCCAUUGGCAUUUCAAGGCUCACCUGUUGGCAUAACAGAUGCGUUCAAGCUGCCAGAGACACCUGCAGAGUGUGAUUAUUUCUUGGCCUAUUUUGACAAUGAUUUGGUUGAUCUCAUUGUGCGGGAAACAAACAGGUAUUUCCACCAAACUAUAGAAGACAAAACAGAAGAAGAGAGAAAAGCCUGGAAAGAUGUAACAAGAGAAGAACUUCUGACUUUCAUAGCAAUUACACUUCUUAUGCCUCACUCCAGAAAAAGUGUGCUUGAUGACUACUGGCUGAGGGAUGUCCUUUUCAUGCCUGUAUUCCCAACCUACUUCACCAGGGGCAGGUAUCCAAGCAUACUGAAAAACAUUCAUUUUGCUGAUCAUGCACACCGGAAUGAAGCUGAUCCUUUGUGGAAAAUUCCACCAUUGAUGAACAACAUUCUACAGAAGUUCAAGGUCUUCUUCAAUCCCUUCCAAAAGCUGGUGAUUGAUGAAUCAUUGAUGCUUUUCAAAGGAAGGUUGCAUUUCAAGCAAUAUAUUCCAUCUAAGCGUCACCGGUUUGGUAUAAAAAUGUUCAUCCUGUGUGAUUGUGAAACUGGAAUUGCAUUAGACGUGUGCAUAUAUUCCACAAGUGACAUAGACCUUCCCAAAGGUGAUCCUCUCGGCGUGUCAGGUGCAGUUGUCAAGCUUCUCAUGGAGAAAUACCUAGGAAAAGGACAUAUGUUAUAUACCGACAACUGCUACACAAGUCCUGCACUUGCUAAGUUCUUGAUAGAUCACGGCACUGGUGCAGCGGGAACUGUGAAAGAGAACAGAAAAAACAUGCCACACUUUCACCCAAGCAAAAGAGGCGACGUUCAGAAACACAAAUGUGAUGGAAUUCUCGUCAUUCGGUGGCACGACAAGAAGGAAGUCCAUCUCCUGUCAACCAUUCACAGAGGUGAGAUACCGGAAAAACAUCAUGGAAAACGAGUGAGAAAAUUAGGAAGCCGGAUGUUGUGAAUGACUAUAACGAGAAUACGAGACUUAUCGACAAGAGUGACAUGCAGAUAACAUCUGUAGACUGCCUUAGGAAAACAAAGAACUGGACCAGGAAAUUGGCCUUCCAUCUGACUGACAUGUGCAUGCUAAAUGCUUACAACAUGUACACGGUAAAAACAGGAGAAAAAUCUUCCCUUCGUGCUUUUAGUAAGCUAGUUGUAACACAACUCCUUGAAAGAUUCGGGAAACCUCGCUCCAUUGAGUCACGCCCUGGUCGGCGGAGUGAUGAGGCAAGGAGGAACAUCAGUCGCCUGAAGUUUGCAGAGGCAUUUGCGCUCCAUAUUCCAAUCCGUGUACCCCCUCCACCGAGAAGAGCUGGGCGAAAGGGGCAGAGAGAGUGCGUAGUGUGCAAAGACACCACAAUGAGAGAGAGAAAAAGGAAACGCGUCACAACCACGAGCAAGGAAUGCAAUGUUGGACUGUGCCUCGGCGACUGUUUCCAAGCACACCACACCCUUCUGUCAUUCUAGAUGAGUAAAACACCUGUAAAUAUUGUAAAUAUCAUAAUGUGAAGUUUAUAUGAACACAAUCAGUUGCUGAGUCCUCCAUCUAUACAAGAUUUAUCAACGCUCUCUACUUUUACAAGGUAAUUACAGUAAUAUUUUAUACUCUAUGCUUAUGUGAAAUAUUGAUAAUAUGAAUGUGAUACUAUGUGUGUGUGUCUACUAGAAAUUAUAACUUAUGUAUAUUGUCUGAGCAUCUCUCUCUCUCUCUCUCUCUCUCUCUCUCUCUCUCAAGUCACAAGCCAAUCAUAAAGAAUAUUUUUUGUUGCCAGUUGUCGCCUGCUAUUGUGUAUGGUGGCAUGACGCAUCACCCAUUUAGUCGGUCACAAGCCAUCAAACAGUAAAUAUGCAGGCAGAACAGUCUAAAUCUGAGAGUGAGCUCCUGCCACCGCCAGCCGCACCACCACCGAGGGCUGCCAAGCGACCCUUGCCGCCAGCACUGCAGCACCAGAGCUCCCAGGGACACCACGCCCUCGCCUUCAGAGGACAUUUGCAUUUAUGGCAAGACUGUUUUGUGCUCUUAGUAGAUUAUUUUACAACACACACACACACACACACACACAUACAUACAUACAUACACGCACAUACACGAGCGCGCACUCUCUC